CUCUCACUCACUCUCUCGUUCACUCUCUCUCCUCCCUUCAAGUGAAUUUAAAUUCACAGAGAGCAAGGUGAACAAAACUUCCUUGUUUUCCAAAGUCCGGUCAGCUGAGGAUGGCGGACAGCGAUUUGUAUCGGCUUUACCAUGGUCUCAUGCUGCCUACGAUUGCUCACACAGAUGAAAGUCUCAACUACCUCCAGAAUUUUCAAGUUAGAGAUGACGAUAUCUUUGCUGUAACCUAUCCAAAAUCUGGUACCACAUGGAUGCAGGAAAUUCUUCCCCCACUCCUGAAUGGAGGAGACCUGACCUCAGUGCAAACCAUCCCCAACUGGGAGAGGGUUCCAUGGCUGGAGGAAAACCGAGCUCCACGGGUCCUCGAUAAAUUCCCUUCCCCGAGAGCCAUCGUCUCUCACAUGCCUUAUCAUUUGAUGCCUUCCACCUUUUUCAACUCCAAAGCCAAGGUGAUCUACAUUGCUCGCAAUCCUAAAGAUGUUCUAGUCUCAUCUUUCCACUUUCAUAAAAUGGCAACUUUCCUUGAAGACCCUGGAACAUUUGAAGAGUUCAUAGACAAAUUCCUGUCAGGAAAAGUUCUUUUCGGGAAGUGGACUGACCAUGUGAAAAGUUGGCGAAACCCUGAGCUCGGGGACAGAAUUCUGUACAUCACCUAUGAAGAAAUGUUUCAGGACCUCCGUGAAGUCGCGGAGCGGAUUUUAAAGUUUCUCGGUCGGGGGCUCAGCGCAGACGCUCUGGAUCGUGUGGUCAAUAAUGGCACUUUCAAAAAUAUGAAAACAAACAAAAUGUCAAACUACUCUCUGGUGCCAGAUGUCGUUUUGGACAAGAAGAAGUCAAACUUCCUCAGAAAAGGUAUCGCUGGAGACUGGAAGAAUCACUUCAGCCCUGAACUUGAUGCCAAAUUCACAGCUGUAAUUCAGGAGGAAAUGAAAGGAAGUAAUAUCAGAUUCCCAUGGGAUGAGAAAUAAGCGAAUCUCUUGUAAUAGUGUCUUAGUGCACAUCAAAAUAAACAGUCAUAGUUGCAAUGUG